GUGCACUCAUGACCUCAGUACUUAUAAAAUCCAGUCUACAACUUACUGGUAAUGUACAGUAUGUUCAUAAUGUUAGCAUAUCACCACUGGGUGUCACUAUAAGACCACAUUUUUAUUCAGUUCAGCCUCUCACUUGGUUUCACGUCAAACUAUAUUUAAGUAUGUAGUGUAGUGUAUUUAAGUUUUUGCUAAUAUACUUUUUGUUUGAUUAUAAGUGACCUCACAGCUGUGUUUAUGCAAGAAGGCGUCCAUCAAGAAAACAGACGUCAGUACUAAUUAGCUUCUCAAUUAGCAGCAUGAUAUUGCUCCUCGCUUCACCUGUGUGUGACAGCAGCUCAGUGCAGACAGGAAUAUUUCAGAUCAAAUGUCUUGAGCGUCACUUUUGGCUCUCUGUCAAGUCCAGCUUCCUUGGCUCGAAGAUCCGUUUUGAUUUUGAAGUUCACUGUAAACCCCUGUUGUCACUAGACCAGUAUGGACUCCACUUCCUGUCUGAUCAGGAGGCCUCGCUGUGUGGCUACACCGUCCUAAUCAAUGAUAUUGGAGACUUGGUGUUCCGCGCCUCCUUCCUGGCCUGCCAUGUCCACAGCCAGAGGGGCUCAGACUAUCACCUGCGUCUCUGGUUUGUGAAUGGGCAGGCGGACGGGACGGUGGCAGCUUACCCCUUCCAGCUCCGCUGCUCCCUUCAUGAGCGGUGGAGCACCAGAGAGAUCGUCUGUGAGGAAAACUACAUGGAGGUGUCCAUUCAGCGACCUGUCCUGCCCGCUAAAUCCAAAAAUGAGAUGGGUGCAGAUGUUGCAGAGAUGUCUGUGAUGUUCCACAGAGCCGAUCGGCCGCCAGCGGAGGUCAGAGUUUUGUCCCUGACUGAGGCUGCUGCUCUGGGUUACCACAUCUCGCCGCGUGGCUCACGUCUCACCCUCCGCUGUCACUAUUCCUCCCCUCUGUCAUACUUUGUCAAGGAAAAGGGAGUUGAUUUAGAGAUUGUCAGUGCAACCAUCCUGUAUCGACUCCAGAGCGGCUUCCUCACUGUUGACACCACCGCUGCCUGCGCUCUGAAUGAGGCUACAGCAGAUGAAUCUGACCUGCUGUGGACUGUCCCUUAUAUCCUCCCUCCGCUAGUUCACGGGCAGUUCAGGGACAGAGGUGUGAGGGUCGGAGUGAACGGUGAAGCUCUGAGCGAGUCUGACAUUAAAAAGAGAGAAUACAAGAUCAGUCUGCAGGAGGGGAGAGUGGAGGUCAGGAUUCCUGCAGGAGCCCAAGAUGGACACAUUAAGAGUGGUGUUGUGAGGGGACAGUACAGCCGGUCUGUGUCAGUAGAUUUAUUCUUCAAGAGUCAGUGGGAGGACGACUACUGGCCUCUCACACAGCAUCGCUCUUUCCGGCACCUUAAGACUUCUCUCAUGCCACAAACGCCAGUCUUCACCCACAACUCAGUCCUAUCAGAGGGAUUUUUUUCUGUCACUUUAGGCUCCUUUGCACCUGAUGUUUCCCUCCAGAAGGUGACAGUAGAGGGUGGUGGUGGCCUUUUAACAUGGACCCAGAGCCACCAGACUGAUAUAAACCUCAUCGUGUCCAAGCUCUCCUACCCCAACGGGAGUCACUUCUACCUGUUCAGGUUCCCACUCUCACAUCCCAGAAUAAUCCCAGAGUAUAUAGGUGGCGGCCAUAAGAUGUACAGCCUCUCUAUCACCUUUAUUCUCUCCAUCUCACCCAGUGGAGAAGUGUUUUACCAUCAAGUCACCAUAGAGCAUAGUGUUGAGUACACAGCACCAGGUUCACCCAGGCUGGAGGGGAAGUGCACAGAGAGCAGCCUGCUGGUGCUGCUGGACCACGGGGUCCAGGCCGAGCUGCAGUGGGAGCUCUUCCUUGGAGCCCAAGGGCUGGACUGGGAGCUGGUGGAGAUGGGGGGGUUCAUAGUGGAGGCGGAGGUGGACCACUUCACUGUGGAGAUUCCACUCUACAGCCCUGGGAUGAAGUAUGAGGAGCUGACAUUGCGAGGUCUUGUUGCUGGAGUGGAAGUGACAGUAGUGGAGUCAAAGUCUCUGAAAGUGCAGGACAGGCUUGUCCAUAAAUGCACAUUUCCUGUUCGAGAACUUCUAGUAUGCUUGCCAGAAGGGCGGAUGGUGGCAGUAGUCGACACCACACACACCAUCCCACCUACCCAACCCAACCGAACCACCCUAUUGGACCCCAGCUGUGUUCCUAUGGAGACGGACAGUGCCAGAGCCCUUUUCAACUUCAGCUUGACCUCCUGCGGGACAACUGUAACUACUGAGGGAAACUUCCUGGUUUAUGAAAACCAGAUAAGUUAUCCUCAAGAUUUUCUGCCGUUAGAUGAACCUGUUAUACACCGAGAUUCUCCAUACAGGCUGACUAUCCAGUGUCGCUACCCAGCAAACGACAGCCGUAUUCUUGCUAUCCAUCGACCUUUGAACUCAUCUCCGGACCUUUCACCCACGCCAGUCAAACGCACUCGCAGGGAAGCUGCAAACACAGGUCAAACAAAACAGAGGGUGAAUUUGGAGGGACAUCAACAACGUGAUCUAGUUUUAGUCUGGAUCCGGUGGACACUUGUCUCCUUACUGCUGCUGCUGAUGUUCUGCAUGUGGGUUUCUGCAUACUGGACCUGUAAAUGAAAUCAAAUGAACACCAUUUUAUUUAAUUUAUUUAUUUUUUGGCUGUGUUGUCUUUGUUCUUUAUUACUUACAUUUGUCUUUACCCUUUACAAGGCUUACUAAGUAUGAGAAAUGUAAUGAAAAAUUAUUGUUUCCUUUUGUAAAAAUGUAUUCAGUGCUGUGAUUUGUUAGGUGUUCAUUAAAGAUGACUUAAAAUGG